AUGCCGUGGGAUGCCCGGCGGCUCCGAUGGCCAGCCAUUUUCUUGGCCCUUUCCCUUGGCUCCCAGGGCCCUGGCUUCGCGCAGCCUGAUCCAGUGCUCCACAGCACUCUGCGGUGGAUCAAGGGCCAUGUGGCCAAGGGCCCGCCCCAACUCUGCCCUUGGGCCCUGCGGGCGCGGCCGCUGCGGCUGCAGCACGGGCGCCAAAGUGGUGCGCAGAUGGGAGAGCUGGUGGAACUUCUGCGAUCAGAAGGUGAGGAGCUGCUGAACUGUGCCGAGUCAACCUGGCCCACGAGUCUGGUAGUCUUGUCGCAUGAGGAUUUUGCCGGGAAAGCUGGGCUGAUGACGUUUUCGCAGCUCUGGCGACAAGUCGAGGAUGUGAAGAAGGAUGCCUUGCACCUGCUGGCCUUCCAUCCCUGUCGCGAAGACCGCGGUCCAGGGUGCCGAGCCAAUCCGUUGGAUGCAGGGCAUUUCUCCGUGAGAGCGCCAUGGCCCACCCUGCAACUGCUGCGCAGCGUGGACCUGCAGCGCGCCCGCGCCGAGUGGCUGCGCAGCGGCGCACCGGGGCCCGGCGCCCUGGCGCUGCUGCUGCGCAACAAGGCGCAACUGAGGCAGUUGGGACGACGGCAGCUGCAGCAGCGCUUUGAAGAGUUGAGGGACUUAAGCCAUCUGGGCCGGGAUGAUGCCGGUGUGUUGAGGUUGGAUAGGGAUGAGAAUGGGGACAAAGAUCCCCAAGUGCCAGAUCUGAUGGAAAAGGGGUGGAGGGCCGUGGAAUGA